CUUUCACUAGCUUCAGUAGAGAGAAAACGCUUCAUGGGUGAAGGCUGACCAAGGCUAAAGUAACAUGUGGCACUACGUACAUUUUAAUAUUAUUUUACUUUCUUUGUGGGCUGUUUCACAAGCUGAAGGUUAGUCUUUGAUGAUAUUCUUCAUAGCAGAUGAACGCUAACGUAAUAGACCGCAAAGUCAAAACGAACAUGUUAUAGCCAACUCUGCGCUAUAGAAGUCCACUUAUACUUUAUUAUCACUUUGAACCUUCAUUACGCAGAGAAAGCAACUAACACGCUUCUAAUUUCAUUAGUUUUACUGGAUAUAUUAAUACAUUUUGGUGUGAGAACUUUUUCCCCUGACGCAGAUCCCGCAAGUUACUACCCUCUAUAUCGUUUGCAGAGCCGCGUUAAUGAACGAGUUGUAUAACUUAGUCUACUAUCAAAAACCCGUAUCAACCUUUUGGCCACAAUGACUUUUACGCCGCGAUUGACAGAAAUUACCAUUAAGAAUAACAAACACAUAGAUUGUGUUCAGCCUAGCUUGUUUCUGAUAAUACCACAUAAAUGCGCAAGUGUGGAGAAAACACAAGAAAAUUUGGCGCAGCUUUGUCACACAUUAUCAAAUUUUUAAAAACUGAUAGCGCUGUUGUUAUCAAAGUAUAAGAAAACAUUCGGAGUUUGCCGUAUGUUUUAGCAGAGAUGUGCUGGUUGUACAGUAAAACAAACACACUAACCGAUGAAUAUAUUUAUCAAUGAACACCUCGUUCAUUGUAAUAAUCUUUACUGAAAUGAAAGAAGCUGAAUGGAUGACAUUACUUUUAACAUCCUUAAAAGCAUUAAUUAUAGUAAAGGAAAUAGAUAUAGAUAUAUAUCACGGCAACCGGCGUUUUCCGCAUUAAGAUGGAUGUUUUGGUGAAUGAGUUCUUUAUCUAAAAAGGCUUGUAAUGCCUCAUUGUGCUCCCUGUUGGCACAAUUGCAGAAAAUAGGGGAAAAUUGCACAGUUGAGCUUUUCACGAGCCACGAUUCAACUAAUUCGUACAAUUGUUUGAUUCACAGCAGUCAUAAAAAAGAAAACAGUACGACUGAGUUAAGUUGAUGGCUCAUCCAACUGAUCUCACAUUGUUAGAAAUGUUCCAGAAGCGCUUAAAAAACACACGAAAAGUACAACAACACACGCAAAUGAUAAACAUGCUAUUAAACAAAAAGACUAACAAAUAAAUAAUUGAAUAAGUAAACUACUUAUUUCACGUGAUAGACGCCAACAAGAAACAUCGAAAAGGUUGUCAGUAAGUUACGUAUCCAGCAAUUAUGAUACUGAAAUGCAUGCAGGUGGUGGCCAAAAGGACGCAGACUCGGUGCGUUUUCGGUACAUUUGGCCUCUUGCCGCAGACUUUCUUAAAAAACACUAUUGUAUGUUCAGCAGUCAGAAGGGAAAACUUAGUGAUGACAUGACGACCCGCCUACAAAAACGAAUUUUGUCGCUCAAAAAGCUCUCGACUUUGUCAGCAAGUCUAGGUAUCUCAUGGUUGCGCCAUUCGUCAGUCUACCAGCAUUUUAGUGGGACUGAAGUUUAUUUUAUCAUACCAAUAGAUAGGUAACUGAAUAAAUUCAUAAAAAGGAAAAAAAUAUUGAAUAAAUGGGUGCAUGUUUUAAUCAAAGCUACCUCCCUGAAAUUGACCUUUGGUUGUUCCCGAAUAAUUUCUUUCAAAGGAUCGCAUAUAAAAAUUAAUUUUUAAAUAUAUAUUUUUUUCUACACAGAGAAAAUUGAGAAGAAAGCAGCGGAUGACGAUGAGAAAAGACUGUUACGUAGUCUGCUCAGCAAAUCUGAUGCGGAGAUACGACCUGUGGAAAAAAAGACCGAUACUGUGCGUGUUAAGUUUGGUAUCUCCCUACAUCAGAUCAUUGAAGUGGUUAGUUUCAAAACAUUUCGUCAAAUAACUAUCUUUACCUUUUAAUAACUAAUAGCUCAUUAAGACCAACCCAUUGUUUUUAACGUCUAUUGUUAACAUUUCGUUUCCUAUUGAAUGUAGUGGCAACUUUUCAGGUAAAAAGUGUGUUUAAAAUGGAUACAAGAAAAACAAACAAACAACGAGAACUAGCAAAUGAUGAAUUCAUGUUGUUGUCUACAAAGACGUGUCUAGUCCACUUAUUUGUUUUAAAGCUUGUUAACCGUGGUCUGGCUAUUCUAAAAAAUACCUUAACUUAGUGUAUUUCCUUUUCUUAUUAUAGGCCUUAAUUACGUAAUCCUAGAGUGGCUCUUUCGAACAAUUCGAGUGUUCUUUUGUGAAAGGCUACCCAAAAGAUAAAAUCCCGUGUGAUGGAAUGGUCAUUUUUUUUUUUGCUGUUCACAUAAGAGUCAAGAAAUAGUGAUUAGUGAUCUGGGAAUGACUUUGAUCAAAAGUGAAAUCUGUAAGUAUUUAAGAGUUUGUUUGAAUUUUAAUGGCGGAAUCAAACAAUUGAAGUCUAUUUAAAGACUGUUUAAUUUUGUGUACGAGAGACUAUUCCAACAAUGCGAUCGAGUAAAGUGCAUGAUUGCGGAAAAUAAAUUCAGUUCUCAGUUUCAGAAAGAGAAAAGAAAGCGUAAUUGCGAAGCAAAGACGAACAAUACCAACAGAUGGGAUUUUUUUUAUUCGUGAUUAUUAUGCUAAAAAUUUGUUAAAUAAAGGCCUCUUGCUCAAAUUAUCGAGAUCAUAAAUCUUAAUCCUCCCAAAUAUUCCGGAAACUUCAAACUUUUUCAUGCUAAGUUUAGGAGUUCUUUUUAUCACCUGAAUCAAUAAUUUCCUCUCUUAAUACAGGAUCUGCAUCAUGUUUCUGCUUAUCAGGCUGUACAGUAUGCGGGUCAUGUCUUAGUAAUUAAUUAAUCCACAGUUGCCAUCCAUUUUAAUAUGAUGGUGGACUCAUAGUGGGCGCGGCUCAGGUAUCUUGAACAGCGUCUCUAACAUAACAUCUGAAGUAGACUGUUUGACUUUUCAGGACUUUAAGAAUCAAAUUGUGAAGAGUAGCGUUUGGAUUCGACAGGUACUAGGGGUAGUAGAAAAUUCAUUCUUGAUUAGUGUUUUUUAAUGAUGUUCUCAUUUUGGAUGCAUUUUUCUCAAGCAUUUUGAGAACCAACUAUCUCCUUAGUCAGAGUUAAGGACUGUCAUACUGCCUGCUACCUUUUGCAUAAUUUGUUUUCAUGCAUCUUUUUUAUUGCUGACAGCUUCUUCCGAUAUUUUUCAUUUACUGCCCCUACGAUAAAAAUUGAGUAAUAUAAAAAGUGUUUUAAAAUCUUAAAUAAAAAUAUUCACAUUGGAGAUUAAUCCAUAGAAAUAAACUAUUUACUUCACAGUCAUGGCACAAUCCGUUUUUAAAGUGGAACAGGUCCGAAUUUGGUGGAAUAACAGCAGUCAACGUUCAUGAGAGCAAAAUGUGGAAACCUGAUAUUUUUUUGUAUAAUAAGUAAGUGAAAUUUCUUUGGCUUUUUGGUUAACUCUUUCCAGGAAUUGAAAUAUAACUAAGGUUACAGUGUAGGGUUUGUGUUUUUCAUUUUUCCAGUCAGUUUCGUCCAGUACUAUUUAAUAACUGAAUAAAAUCCUUUCUGAUUAAAGUUAUUUCAAGUGAACAGCAUAUAUCGAUACAACAAUUACCUAACGGCGGAGCUUAUGGAAUAUUUAGGGUCUGGGAAGAUCAAAUUCUGUCCAUGAUUGAUGCCAAUUUGUACUCCUAGGAUAGACACUUCACUUAUUUCCACCGAGACCAAGUAUCUUUAAUACACCUGUAUUUCAUUUUAUUACGUGUUGUCAGAGCUGCGUGCAUCAGUGUUAUAUGGGUAGUUUAAGAAGUAAGAAGAGCUCUUUACAGUGGGCAAACUGUCAAAUUCCUUAGAAGAUGUGCCUUCAAGGCACAGCCGUCAUGAAUAUAAGGUUCAGAACAAGCUCUGUUUCAAAUACCUCCUUUGAGAUAUUGACUAUUUUACAAUAAGGAACAUCAAUUAGCCUGUGUACAGACUCCCCCCUCCCCUUAAAAAAAAUAGGAGAGAGGGACGUCUGUGAAGUUGUUGACGUAUUAUAAAUAGGACGAGAGAGCGAAGUAACCAGUGCGUUAAUAUCGUACAAAGUAUAUUCCAUGUGGUAUUGCGCUUAUCAUUUUGCUGGUCUUUUGUUUCAAAUGCUUAGUGGAUUUUUCUUGUUAAAUUUCUGCGAUGCAACUCCCAAAGCGAAGGCGCUGCAAGCUGCAAGUGCCUUCAAAAGGCGGAAAUUUUGGCGCGAAACUCACACACUGCUAUGGCUUUUGAUUGGACGUAUCAUUUUUCUUACACGUGAAAUAAACAUAGUUUGCUCUUCUGAUAGCUAGAACUCAUUUGCGUACGAAAAUUUGCGACAUAGCUUUUCAUUGAGUAUUUCACGGUAUGAAUAUAACAAGUUCAGUUUCUCGCGGAAUUUUGUGCUUAGGAUUCUUAGUUUUGCCUGCACUACAGAUUUGUAUUAAACACAGGCUGUGUUAAAAUGAUAAUUUAUUUGGUCUUAGUGUGGAUGAUUCUGAUGAUGGAGCCUUGGAUCGUUUCAAGACAAAAAUUGUUGUGCAGUCGACUGGAAUGAUCAUGUGGAUGGCUCCCAAGAUUGUCUCAAGCUCUUGCAAAUUUGACGUCACAUAUUUCCCUUUUGACAGGCAGGUAAAUAAACAAGGAAUUCACUUCUGAUGGUGGUAAUAGUCAAGACCGAGCUAUAGAAAAUUUAGCACAUUUUAUUUCAGAAUAACCUCUUCACUGAGAUCAUCGCAAAUAUUUAUUACACAAAUAACGGUUCAUAUUUCUCUUGGAUCAGUUUGGCAACUAUUGAUCAAAACCAAAAGAAAAUAUCUGUUAUUAUACAUCUGAAAGUGCUGCCACAGUUUUGUGGCACGAAACAACAUAGUAAUAAAAUACCAAUUCAAAUUUUUCGUUGAUCUGUCGGCAUUGUCCUUUAUGCUAUUUUACUAUUUGCUGGGUAGGUGUGCAAGAUGAAAUUUGGGUCAUGGACGUACGAUGGCUUAAGACUUGAUCUUGUCCCAGAGGGGCACCCAAAAGAGUGUACUGGAGAUAUUAAGAAAUUCAUUCGGCAUGGAGAGUGGGACCUCAAUAGUAUGCCUUGCAAACGAAACCAGCAGUUUUAUGCAUGCUGCCCUGAACCGUAUCCUGAUAUAACGUACACAAUGGAUUUACGGCGCCGUCAUAUGUUUUACUUUGUCAAUUUGAUUGCUCCUUGCUUCCUAAUAUCAGGUAUGUUGUCCUUUCAUUUACUGCUCCGCGUGUUUUAUUCUUAAGCCUGAGUGAGUUCUCGUCCCCAUGUCCCCCUUUCUCCCUGCUUUACGUCCUGGAAGCCUGGUGAGAAUGAUCCUUAAAGACCUCGCGAGUCGUGCUUCGUGCAACGCCUGUUGCGCGGCAGGUAGGUUUUGUUAAAGAUGAAGAGGCAUUGAGUCCCUGUUAAAGAAGUUAUCGGUACCGGUCAUUCUCCCUUGGAACAGCUUUUUAGGAUUGCAACAUGUGAGAGAAAAAAUAAGUCUUUUGGAAUAGUUACGUUCCAUGUUGAUCAUGAUUUCUUUUUGAAUUCCUCUAGGUUAGCUGGGAAAGUUUCAAACAGGGCCACCAGUUCAUCAGUGUUUAAUGUCAAGUGUUACCCUCAUUAAAUAAAGUUGCUACCUACCUACCUAUCACAGCUUUCUGAAUCAGCCAUUGCUUAUCAGAACAAAGCGGAACAUUCAUAGUGAUCGAUUAAUCCAGCGUCCCACAAAAUUGACUUUCACUGUUCAUUUUAAUUUGUUCAUUUGCAACUACAGCCUUCUCUAAAUGCUUACGUCCUCAGUGAAAACCAUACGUUUCAUUAUAGCUGCAGCUUCUUUGAGCAAUGGUUCGCACUAUUAUAUCACUAUACUGUUUAGACUGUUUUUUCUUCAGUAGUCUCUGUUCCAUCAUUAUUUUGAACUUUAUGCUAGACAGUUUUCAAAGACAAAUGGUCACUUUUGAAAUAACUGUUUCUCAGCAAGCGACUCGGCUCCACUAUAGAAUACCAUGCUUCAGUAUGUUUACCUCCGUGGUUGUGGUUUGGUUUUGACUUGUUUUUCUCUGUCUCCACAGCCUUAACGCUUUUGUCGUUUUAUUUACCUCCUGAAUCCGGUGAGCGUCUGACGCUUGUCAUAACAAAUUUGCUGGCUUUAACUGUGUUCAUGUUACUUGUUGUGGAAAUCAUUCCGGCUACUUCAGAGACUGUUCCUCUCAUUUCUGUCUACUUCUACGGAAGUGUGUUUGAGGUAAGUAAAAAACCUUUCAUUUUCAGAAAUUAUUCUUUCUCCGUGAGACAGCCUUGCGUGGCAGAGAAAUGCAGCGUAUUUGAAAGUUUAUCUUUAGGUUCAUUUGUAUUUGUUCCGGAAUGCAGAAGAAAAUGGUUAAUGCUAAAAUGUUUAAUUGCACAUGUGACAUAAAACCUUUGUAUUCUUGUUAGGUGGCCCUAGCGCUAGUUGCAACUUGCCUAGUUUUGAGAUGCUAUUUCAACAAUCCUUCCCACACGCCUGUUCCAAACUGGGUUCGUCACGUUGUCCUUGGCUGGAUGGCUCGUCUUACUAGGGUACCGGGGAAGAAAAUCCUUCAUGGUAUCGAUGCAAAGGAACCCUCUCAGCCAAAACUGCCCCAAACAGAUGAAAAUGACAACAUAGAUCCGGAAACUGCCGUCCACAAGAAAAUUCCCAACAUUUCACGACUGCAGUCAUCUUCGCACAGUCAUUUCAAGAAUUCGGAAUCAAGUUUAUCAGGAGAUGUUCAUCCACAUUUGAAUCUUCUACGCGUCAAAGCAGCCGCUAACAAUCGUCACAGCAUGCCCCCAAUUUUUGAUAAUCUGGGUGGUGCCUUUCGAGAUGGUAUCCCUAAUCACUUCCGCAUGCCAAGCCGAUUGCAGAGCCGUACCGCUAGUCGCGCAAACUCCAGAAACAACUUAUUGGAUAAUGAAUCCCAACCUCUAUUCACCAACGUACACGGCAAAUCAGCAGAGGACGUUACAGAUGCUGAUCCUACAAAAAGGACUUUGCUGGAAACCCAGAGUUCUCUUUCUAAGGAUGUGGGAGAGAUUGUCCGAUAUAUUCGUGAGCAAGAGAUAGGAGAUCUCAUGAAAGAGGAAUGGCAGCUUGUUGCUGCUAUUAUAGACAAAUUUUUUCUUUGGCUGUUUUUCUUCAUAUUAUGCCUCUCGACUGUGGUUAUUUUCAUGCAGGCUCCGAGUUAUGCAUGGGAAUGAAAAAGACCGACAAUUUAUUUACUGAUAACAUACAGAAACGUAUCAUUAUCAACAUGCUCACAGGUAUACAUACAUAAUGUACCUGUUGAACUUUGUAAUUGAAAAGAAACGAGGAAGAAUAUUUAUUAGAUAAUUACCUACGGUUAUAUUAGUGUAGAUGUAAAAAGAAAUGGGUUAGGGUUAGGGUUCAGUGCCCAUUCAACAUAGUAGCUGCUGUCACAUACAGUAACAGGAUUCUUGUUUCUUUCCCAAAUUUUUCUCCAAUGUACUGUGAACAAUAUAUAGUUGUUUGCGAAGAUCCUUUUGCCUCCACACGGUUUUUGUUUCUGGGCAACUGGCGCAAACCCUAACGAUAUGAUGAAAUUAAAGCCACCCGAGAUUUUCCCUCCCUAAGCGAUCCACACGCGAUGCGAAUUCCGAUUAAUUUAUGUACCUCCCUUUGCGAGGAAAUAGCAUUUAUAUUUUUUUCAAUAGACCUCCAGAUUUAUUUGAAGGAUAUAGUUUUUUUUAUGCGAUUGCGCGAGGUCGAUUACGCCAGCUCAGGUCUAAUUGUAUUUAAGCUUGGUGAUGUUGGCAGAAUUUGUAGAGUUUAUUGACAAAGAAAUAUUGUACAGGAACGUAUAUUUGCGACAUAACAGUUCUUCUAACUAAGCAACUAGUGCCCCCUGUGAAAUUCAUUUGUUAAUCAGACGACGAUCGAAUAGUAUCGAAUAGUAGUCUGUUUGUUGAUAGUGGUUUAACUUAUGCAG